AUGGGAAACGCACAACAGAGAAGAGUGAGUCGAGCGAACUUGAAUUUUACCGGAGAAGGAGGUGACGGAGGAAUGAGCAUUCAGGAACAUCUCAAGCUCACACCAUAUCAGUCUCAACUCCUCCAAGCAACUUGGUCAAAAAUUCGUCCAAACAGCGCAACUUUCACGCAAAUUUUCAAAUUGCUCUGUUUCAAAUCAACUCUGGCACGUGAGAUUUUCCAGAAAUUGAGUAUUGUUGAAGGAUUUAAAUCGGAUGGAAGAUGUGAUCUGAAUAUGCACGCCAAGAUGCUUUGUGAUAUGAUGGAUUCAAUCAUCAGUGAUCUCAAUCAACCAUCGAAAAGUGUUCAAGCCAAAUGUACAGAGAUCGGCGUCUCACAUCACAAUGUAAACGAGACAUCAGCCGGCGCUUUGUGGGAAUCACUUGGGGAAUGCAUGGCUGAGGUGAUCACCAAAGUGGAUUGUGUACGAUCAAAAAGAGAAGCUGGGAAAGCCUGGAUCACCGUUAUCUCCUUUAUGGUGGACGCAAUGAAAAACGGUUACAUGGAUGAGUUCCGUCGACAUCACGUCUCCCGAAAUUCGGUCACUCGACUCAACGAGACUCGAGUGAAACAA